CGGGAGAGCGGAGGGCGCGAGGGAGGAGAAGCAGCGGAGCGCAGGGGAAAGCCGGCUAGGCGGCCUGUGGCUCCGGUUGGUCUCCCUGGUUGGGAUCCCCUGGGUGGAACCAUGCGGGUGGCCAAGUGGCUGACCGGGCUGCUCUACCAGCUUUCGCUCUUCAUCACCAGGUCUUGGGAAGUUCAUUUCCACCCCAGACAAGAAGCUCUGGUGAAAACACUAGCCUCCUACGAAGUGGUGACCCCGGCGCGGGUCAAUGAGUUCGGUGAAGUGUUCCCUCAGAGCCUCCACUUCAGCCGGAAGAAACGCAGCUUUGAGGCUCUGGAACCUACUCCGUUCAGGACCCACUACCGCAUCAGCGCCUAUGGGCAGCUCUUCCAGCUGAACCUGAGCGCGGACUCGACCUUCCUUGCUGCCGGCUACACCGAAGUGCACUUGGGAACCCCCGCGCGCGGCGCACAGGAGCACAGCGCUGCGCCCCCAGACUUGCGCCACUGCUUCUAUCGCGGUCAGGUCAACGCGCGGGAGGAUCAAACAGCGGUCUUCAGCUUAUGUGGAGGACUGAUGGGAACAUUUAAAGCACAUGAUGGUGAAUAUUUCUUAGAACCUAUAAUGAAGGCAGAUGGGAGUGAACAUGAAGAAGUCCACAAUAAGCCACAUCUUAUAUAUAGACAGGAAUUGAAGAGUUCUUUUCUACAGUCUCACAGACCUUGUGAAGUUUCAGAAAAUCAAAUAAAGAAAACUGCUUUACGCUUUCACAACUAUAGCAACAUGAAUGAAGAUCUUAAUAUAAAGAAGGAAAGAGUUCUCAGAUAUACUUCAAAAAAUAUAUCAUUAGAAGAUGAAAGAAGUCAAUUACAUUCCAGGAAUAAACGUUUUUUAUCAUACCCAAGAUAUGUGGAAGUUAUGGUUACAGCCGAUGCUAAGAUGGUUCAGCAUCAUGGACAGAAUUUGCAGCACUAUGUACUAACCCUAAUGUCAAUUGUUGCAGCAAUCUACAAGGACUCAAGUAUUGGAAAUCUUAUAAACAUAGUAAUUGUAAAAUUAAUUGUAAUUCACAAUGAACAGGAAGGACCAGUCAUCAGUUUUAAUGCAGCUACCACAUUACGCAACUUUUGUUUAUGGCAGCAAACUCAAAAUGUUCUUGAUGAUGCUCACCCUUCCCACCAUGAUACUGCUGUCCUUAUCACCAGGGAAGACAUUUGUGGAGCUAGAGAGAAAUGUGACACAUUAGGCUUAGCAGAAUUAGGUACCCUGUGUGAUCCCUUACGGAGCUGCUCUAUUAGUGAAGAAAAUGGACUUAGUGCUGCCUUUACUAUAGCCCAUGAACUUGGGCAUGUAUUUAAUGUUCCACAUGAUGAUAGUUUUAAAUGCAAAGAAAUUGGAAUUAAACAUCAGUAUCAUGUAAUGGCCCCAACUUUAAAUUACCACACGAGUCCUUGGACCUGGUCAAAAUGUAGUCAGAAAUACAUCACUGAAUUCCUAGACACUGGCCAUGGAGAAUGCCUUCUUGAUAAACCGAAUGGAAGAAUAUAUGACCUGUCUUCACAACUGCCUGGGUUAAUGUAUGAUGUAAACAAACAGUGUGAGCUUAUGUUUGGUCCUGGAUCACAAGUGUGUCCUUAUUUGAGACAAUGCCGGCGUCUCUGGUGCACAAGUGCAGAAGGAAUUCACAAGGGCUGUCGAACUCAACACAUGCCACUGGCAGAUGGAACAAACUGUGGUCCUGGGAUGCACUGCCACCAUGGGCUGUGUGUAAACAAAGAAAUGGAGACACGACCUGUAGAUGGUGAAUGGGGACCAUGGGGACCUUACAGUUCUUGUUCAAGAACAUGUGGAGGUGGAAUCAAAAGCACAGCCAGGCUCUGUAAUCGUCCUGAGCCAAGAAACGGAGGAAAGUACUGUGUGGGCCGCAGGAUGAAAUUUCGAUCAUGUAACACUGAUUCAUGUCCAAAAGGCAAGCAAGACUUUCGAGAGAAGCAGUGCUCUGAUUUUGAUGGUAAACAUUUCAACAUCAAUGGUCUUUCCCCUAAUGUGAGGUGGCUUCCAAAGUACAGUGGGAUUGCCAUAAAAGAUCGUUGUAAGCUCUAUUGUCGGGUUGCUGGAACCACUAACUUCUACCAGUUGAAGGAUAGGGUUGCUGAUGGUACCCCUUGUGGAACUGAAACCAAUGACAUCUGUGUUCAAGGCCUGUGUCGGCAAGCUGGCUGUGAUCAUGUGUUAAACUCCAAGGCCAAGAGAGACAAAUGUGGAGUGUGUGGUGGAGAUAACUCUUCAUGCAGGACAAUGGCAGGUGUCUUCAACAGUGCCCAUUAUGGUUACAAUGUCAUUGUAAAGAUUCCCACAGGAGCAACAAACAUUGAAAUUCUUCAGCACAGCUAUUCCGGAAAACCAGAAGAUGACAAUUACCUUGCCUUAUCUGAUGCCCAAGGGAAUUUUCUUUUAAAUGGAAAUUUUGUUGUAAGUAUGUCAAAAAAGGAAAUAAACAUACAAGGAGCUAUUUUUGAAUACAGUGGAUCAAACAACUCAAUUGAAAGAAUUAACAGUACUGAUAGACUGGAAGAAGAACUUGUUUUACAGGUGCUAUGUGUGGGUAAUUUAUAUAACCCUGAUGUACGCUAUUCCUUCAACAUCCCUAUGGAGGAGAGGAGUGACCUGUUCACAUGGGAUGCACAUGGACCAUGGCAAGACUGUACCAAAAUGUGUCAAGGUCUUCGUAGAAGAAAAAUUAUCUGCAUACGUAAGAGUGAUCAUGUGAUUGUGUCUGAUCAAAAUUGUGACCACUUGCCACACCCAUUGUUUGUGACUGAAAAGUGCAAUACAGACUGUGAACUAAGGUGGCACAUCAUUGGCAAAAGUGAAUGUUCAUCCCACUGUGGUUCAGGAUACAGAUCCUUGGAUGUCCACUGCAUGAAGUACUCCAUCCAUAAAGGACAGACUGUUCCAGUAAAUGACCAUGACUGCAGUGACCAAAUUAAACCUCCUACCCGAGAGCCAUGCCAUGGUGACUGUGUCUUAACAAGAUGGCAUUAUUUAGAAUGGUCCCAGUGUUCUAGGAGUUGUGGAGGAGGAGAACGGUCUCGAGAAUCUUAUUGCGUAAACAACUUUGGCCAUCGUCUUGCUGACAGAGAAUGUCAAGAGCUGCCUCGAAUGAUUGUAGAGAAUUGCAAUGAAUUUUCCUGUCCCAUUUGGGUUGCUAGUGAGUGGAGUGAGUGUCUUGUUACAUGUGGAAAAGGAUCAAAGCAGCGGCAGGUUUGGUGUCAACUGAAUGAAGAUCACUUGAGUGACGGCUUCUGUAAUCCAAGUACCAAACCUGAAUCUCUAAGACCAUGUGAGCUUCACGCAUGUGCUUCUUGGCAAGUAGGACCAUGGAGUUCUUGCACAGCUACCUGCGGACUUGGGUAUCAGAUACGUGCUGUUAAAUGUGUCAGCGAGCUCUUUAGUGCAGUAUUAGAUGACAGAGAAUGUCAAGGGGCUAGUCGCCCAGGUGAUAGGCAGGACUGUAUAGUUACUCCCUGCCCAGUUGUCCCCAAUGUUGGGGCUACUUCGUUACCAGCUGUUCCUAUGGGAAAGGUAGCACAGUGGAGACAUGGUUCUUGGACCCCAUGCUCUGUGUCUUGUGGAAGAGGUAAUCAAGCCCGCUAUGUAAGCUGUCGUGACGCUCAUGAUGGAAUAGCAGAUGAAUCAUACUGUGCACACUUACCUAGACCUGCUGAAAUAUCUGUCUGCUUUAGCCCUUGUGGAGAAUGGCAAGCAGGAAAUUGGUCACCUUGUUCAGCAUCCUGUGGCCAUGGAAAAACAACUCGACAAGUUUUAUGCAUCAACCACCAGCAGCCAAUUGAUGAGAAUUACUGUGACCCUGAAGUUCGCCCCUUGAUAGAACAAGAUUGUAACCUGUCCGCCUGCCCACCCAUGUACAGCCACUUUCCUAGUUCUUCUGAGCAGCCAAGCCAUUUCCCAGGCAGGCAUUUUCCAUUAACUCACAAACCCGAAGAUAAUCAAAAUCAGGGGGUCCAUCUGUCAAUCAGAGGAAACCAAUGGAGAACAGGACCAUGGGGAUCAUGUUCUAGCAGCUGUGCUGGAGGUCUCCAGCGUAGGGUUGUGGUCUGCCAGGAUGAGAAUGGACAAAGUGCAAGUUACUGUGAUGCAGCCUCAAAACCCCCAGAGUCAAAGCACUGUGAUUCGGGACCUUGUCCACACUGGAACUAUGGAAGCUGGGGAGAAUGUACACAAACAUGUGGAGGAGGAAUAAAAUCAAGAUUUGUAAUAUGCCAGUUUCCCAAUGGCCAACUGUCAGAAGAGCACAACUGUGAAAUCUUAAACAAGCCGCCUAGUGUGAUACAAUGUCAUGUUCAUGCCUGCCCUGAUGAUGUAUCAUGGCAUCGGGGACCAUGGAAAUCGUGUUCAGUUUCGUGUGGUAAAGGGAUAAAGUACCGUGAUGUGCUUUGCAUUGACAAAUUCCAAGGGAAAUUAGAAGAAAAAUAUUGUAGCCAUCUGCAGAAACCUCGAACUCACAAAGUUUGUAGAUCUAUCAGAUGCCCUUCAUGGAAAGCCAAUAGAUGGAAGGAGUGCUCUGUGACCUGUGGCUCUGGAGUUCAGCAAAGAGAUGUCUACUGCAGACUGAGAGGCGUAGGUCGGGUGGCUGAAGAAAGGUGUGAUCGGUCCACCCGGCCUUAUUUUCAGAGGCAAUGCUGGCGCCAGGACUGUGUGCAGUACCAGUGGAUAGCAGGACAGUGGCUGGAUUGUUCAACAUCAUGUAAGACAAAAGAGACACAUUGGCUUGUGAAGUGUGUUGAUGCCCAGAACAUGCAAGUAAAUGAAAGUUUCUGUGACCCUUCAACCAGGCCUCUGUCAAUCAAAAAGUGCAGAAACCCUCCCUGCAAAUAUGUGGUAGUAACAGGAGACCCAUCCCAGUGUGCAGGUAACUGUGGAUUUAGUUAUCAACAAAGGAUUACAUAUUGCAUUGGGAUCCGGUCUAUUAAGAAACACAAGCUCCAUCAGCUUUGGCCUGUAUCCUAUCGAGAAUGCCCUGUGCCACCUUCCUCUCAGGUUUACAAAUGCAAUAUGAGAGGCUGUUCGCAUGUGGCCACUUGGAAAGUUGGAAAAUGGAGCAAGUGCUCAGUGACUUGUGGAAGUGGGAUAAUGGUGAGAAGAGUAGAAUGCAUAGCUGAAAAUGGUGGGUCCAGUGACCUGUGUCUGAAGCAUUUAAAACCAGAUGCUCAAAGGAAAUGUUAUGCCAAUGACUGUAAAUCAUUUACCACCUGCAAGGAAAUCCAAGUUAAAAGCAACAUUACCAAGGAUGGUGACUAUUACCUUAACAUUAAGGGAAGAAUAAUAAAGGUCCACUGUGCAGACAUGCACUUGGAGAACCCCAAGGAAUAUUUAUCACUGGUAAAAGGUGAAGAAGACAACUUUUCUGAAGUGUAUGGCUUUAGACUACAAAAUCCAUAUGAAUGCCCUUUUAAUGGAAGUAGGAGGCAAGACUGUGCAUGUAAAAAUGACUACCUAGCUGCUGGAUAUACUGUUUUCAGCAAAAUAAGAAUUGAUCUUACUUCUUUGCAAAUUAAAACUACGGACCUUCUUUUUUCCAAGACAAUAUUUGGUAAAGCAGUUCCAUUUGCCACAGCUGGAGAUUGCUAUAGUGCUGCCAGAUGCCCACAGGGACAGUUCAGCAUUAACUUGGCAGGAACUGGGAUGAAGAUAUCCAGCACAGCGAAGUGGCUUGCUCAGGGGAGGUAUGCCUCUGUCACAAUACACAGAUCCCAAGAUGGAACCAAAGUCUAUGGUAGAUGUGGAGGGUUCUGUGGAAAGUGUGUUCCUCACAUGACUACUGGGCUCCCAAUUCAAGUGAUAUGAACAUUCAGAAGUAGGAAGUAUGCCCCAAUGGGGAGAGAUUUUUCUGGAACAUGCAAACAAUUGGUGCUUAUUUCUUUAUUUCUCUCUUCCUGCGAUUUCCAUGUCCAGUAUAUCUGUCUUUUAUUCAAGGUGCUCAUCAUGGAUUCAAAUCACUUGAGUUUUUCAAGGCUUUCAAAACGAACAGAUAUAUGCAUCAGGAUCACUUCGAAGAACAUAAUUUAUGAUAGGGAAUCCAAGCAUGUGUGAUGAAUUAUGCCAGACAACGGUGCUGUUAACAGCUUACACUGGACCACAAUUAUGUCAUACUGUUAAACAUAUAUGUAAACCUCUUCAAUAUCCUAUUGUACAAUGAGGUUUUUAUUCUAUUUCUUAAAAUGGAAUAAGUUUAAAUUCGGGAAAAUGUAUACAAAACUACUAUAAACAUUAUUAAAACUGUCAGGUGAAUAUCAAAUAAAUAGUUAUAUCAAAGAAGUACAUAGCCACUAUACUUUCUGCUGAUACAGAUAAGACACCUUGUUUUAUUUUUCCUUUAAUUUUAAUUGGGGAUUAUGGUGCUUCAAUGGAAAAAAAAAGUCCUAAAAAUGUGGUACAAAUUUUGUGCUAAGAAUUUGUGUUUGGGUUAAAUACUAAACAUAAAAUUUUGUGGGUAUAAUA